AUGUCUCUCAACUCUUAUAUCAACAAGAAAAUCCUAGUGUUGACCGUUGACGGCCGCACCCUGCUGGGCACACUGCUGUCCACUGACCAGCUAACAAACUUAGUCCUCCUGGACACGAUCGAGCGCAUCAUCCGGACACCCGACGACCCGGAACCGAGCUCGCAGAUCGAACACGGGCUCUACCUGAUCCGCGGAGACAACGUGGUGGUGUGCGGUGAGGUUGACGAGAAGAUCGACGAGGACAUCGACUGGACGAAGGUCAAGGGUGAAGUGGUUCGGGGCACGAAGAACGCGUGA